AUGUCUGAAAAUAUACUGAAUGACAAGUCAACACCUUUAGAUUUCUUUAUAGGAAUCUUUGUAUCGAUUUUAUCAUCGAUAAUGAAUGCAGCAGGCUUGAAUUUAUUAAAAUUGGAUCACGUUAAAAAUCUAAAUAAACCUUUUAAAUUACGAAAAAAUGAAUGUGAAAGACCUUUAUGGCAUCUUGGUUUAUAUUUUUAUAUAAUCAGUCAAUCAGUUGGAAACACUAUCGCUUUAAAUUAUAUAAAGGCUGAAUGGGUUGCUCCACUUGGAGCCAUUGCGUUGAUUUUCAAUUUUAUAUUUGCAAGAAUCUUGGUAAAAACUAUUAUCACAAGGAAAGAUAUUAUUGCUGAACAACUUACGAUUGAUAAUUUAAAAGAAUUAAUGUCAAGAACCGAGUUCAUUAUUUAUUUCUCGAUACUGAAUUUUCUUAUUUUGAUCACACUUGCAAUCACUCUGUAUGUCUAUUGGGUAUUGUUUGAUGAUCGUAGAAAACGAAAACAUAGUUAUAUCAAAUAUAUUGAUCCAGUCAGAUUAGGUAAAUUUAUUGGUAUGAUCAUGGCAAUUAUUGGUGGUUUAAUUGCUAGUCAAACUUUACUUUUAGCAAAAAGUGGUGUCAAGUUGAUUUAUUAUUCAAUUAUUUACACGAAUCAAUUUGACGAUGCACUUAGUUCAAUCAUUUUAGUAUUGCUUGCAAUUACUGCAAUUUUACAAGUAUAUUGUUUAAACACGGCUUUGAAACUUCAUGAUUCUGUAUUAGUGGUUCCAAUGUUUUAUGGAAUCUACACAACGAUGAGUAUCUCAAAUUCUUUGAUUUAUCUAGAUCAACUAAAUACUUAUCCGCCAUAUGCACUAGCAUUGGUUGUAAUUGACGUCUGA